AUGGCAGAUGAAAGUACGGGAAGCCGGCGGGCUUCCAAUACUCAGCUACUAGAGGAGCUCGAAGCACUCAGUCAAUCUCUCUAUCAGUCUCACACUGCUGCUGUCACUCGAAGAACAGCCUCCCUUGCCCUUCCUCGAAGCUCGAUUCCUCCGAUAUCAUCCAAUGAUGAGAUCGUCCCUAGUGCUGGAGUUGCAGCCAAAACUGAGGCCGUUAAAGUCAACAAUAAACCUCUUCGCAGACGCCUGUCUUUGUCCCCAUGGCGGUCUCGUCCAAAGCUUGACGAAGGAGGUGAUCAGACAGAGAGUCAGCCUGCUAGGGGAUCGAAUCAAAGAGAGUUCAAGAAGUUGGAAGAAAAGCCUAGUUCAGAAGAGAAAAAGGGGCUUUGGAACUGGAAACCAAUUCGUGCACUUUCCCAUAUUGGAAUGCAGAAAAUAAGUUGUUUGUUUUCUGUAGAAGUAGUCACAGCCCAAAACCUUCCAGCUUCAAUGAAUGGUCUCCGGCUCUCUGUAUGUGUUAGAAAGAAGGAAACGAAAGACGGGUCAGUUCAAACAAUGCCAUCGAGGGUCUCACAGGGGGCUGCUGAUUUCGAAGAGACCUUGUUUAUUAGGUGCAAUGUUUAUUCCAACCAGGGUAGUGGAAAGCAACUCAAGUUUGAGCCUCGUCCGUUUUGGAUAUAUGCACUAGCAGUUGAUGCGCCAGAGCUUGAUUUUGGCCGGAGUUCAGUGGAUUUAAGGGAACUGAUUCAAGAAUCUAUUGAUAAGAGCCAUGAAGGAGCUCGAGUUCGACAAUGGGACACAAGUUUCAAUCUUUUGGGAAAGGCUAAAGGAGGCGAGCUCGUAUUGAAACUUGGAUUUCAAAUCAUGGAAAAGGACGGAGGAACUGGGAUUUACAGUCAAGCUGAGGAACCCAAGAACAAGUCCAAGUACUUAUCAUCCACUUCAUUUGCCCGAAAGCAAUCGAAGAUGUCGUUUAGUGUUCCAAGCCCAAAAUUAUCUAGCAGAAAAGAUGCGUGGACACCUUCACAGAUUGGAACAACACCUAAUGAUCUUCAUGGCAUUGAUGACUUGAACCUCGAUGAACCAGCUCCAGCUCCAGUACCAUCAACAUCAAGAGCUGAGAAUAAGCCAAAAGAACCAGACAGCAAAGCAGAAGACCUUGAUAUUCCAGAUUUUGAAGUAGUUGAUAAGGGAAUUGAAUUCCAAGAGACUAAAAAGAAUACUGCGGAGGAAGAUGAAGAAGAAAAGGAAAGGGAUUCAGUGAAGUCUAUUGGAGAAACAUUAGCUGGAAAUGAAGUUGUAAAGGAAAUUGUUCACGAUCAAGUUCAUACUAAAAGAUUGUCAGAGCUAGAUUCCAUUGCGCAGCAGAUAAAAGCUCUUGAAUCCAUGAUGGGAGACGACCAUAAGUCAGCACAUAUAGAUGAAGAUACUGAGUCGCAGAGAUUAGACGAAGACGAAGAUAAGGUGACAAGAGAGUUUCUUCAAAUGCUUGAGGCGGAAGAAACUAAUGAAUAUAAAUUCAAGCAAGAAGAUAUUCCUACUAUGCAACUCGAAGGAGCAGAGGAAUCUGAAGAAAAAGAAUCAUCGAAAGCUUACCUCCCGGACCUUGGGAAGAACUUGGGCUGUAUAAUCCAAACCAGGGAUGGCGGAUACUUGGCCGCCAUGAAUCCUCUAGAUACUGAAAUAUCAAGGAAGGAGACCCCCAAAUUGGCUAUGCAAAUCUCAAGACCGUUUGUGAUUCCGUUGAAUGAGAAUGAGCCCUUGAGUGGGUUCGAGUUCUUUCAAACAAUGGCAGCCAUGGAGCUCGACGAACUAACUUCGAAAAUUCAGGGCUUGAUGUCCAUGGACGAACUGAUGGGUAAAACUGCCGAACAGGUGGCGUUCGAAGGCAUAGCUUCAGCGAUCAUCCAUGGCAGGAACAAAGAAGGCGCAAGCUCGACCGCGGCUCGGACGGUUGCAGGAGUCAAAAUAAUGGCGACAGCUAUGAAUUCCGGGCGGAAAGAGAGGAUCUCGACUGGAAUUUGGAGCCUAAGCGAGAAUUCAAUGACACCAGAGGAGAUCCUUGCGUUCUCGCUUCAGAAGAUAGAGGUCAUGGCGAUGGAAGCUCUCAAAAUCCAAGCGGAAAUGACAGAAGAAGAAGCCCCAUUCGACGUUUCACCACUAAUUAUUCCAAACACUAAACGCACUCAUCCCAUUUCCUCUUCCGUUCCAUUGGAAGAUUACAGUAGACACUCCAAAGGUUCAGAAACGCUGGCAAUGGCGGUGGGGAUUCAACUGAGGGAUCCCAUUAGGCGAUACGAGGCAGUGGGAGGACCCAUGAUAGCUCUAAUAUACGCGAACCCAGCUCCAGAAGAAGAGGAGGAAGAAGAGGAAGAGAAGAGAUUCAAGUUGACAAGCCUCCAUGUGGGAGGGGUGAAGGUGAGAAACAGAGGAAAGAGGAGCGUUUGGGACAGUGAGAAGCAGAGGCUGACAGGCAUGCAGUGGCUUGUAUCGUACGGAAUGGGAAAAGCAGGGAAGAAGACGAAGCAGAGUGCGUCGUCCAAAGCUCAAGACCUCUUGUGGAGCAUCUCCGCUCGUGUCAUGGCUGAUAUGUGGCUCAAGUCUAUUAGGAAUCCAGAUGUUAAAUUUACUAAGUGAACCUUCUUUCAUUAUUUAUUUUCUUUAUUAUGUGAAGAAUAUAUUUUAUACGGAAAUAUAUGUUAAUGCUUAUUAUACUUUGUAGUUUGUACCAAUGAAAUGUGAAUGAAUAAUUCAAAUUGUUUAGAAUAAAAUUUCAUUCAUAAA